AUGAUGGGAUACGGGGGUCAGUCGUUUCACCCCUCCCAGCAGCAGCAGCAACAACCGCAUCAGCCCCAUCAAGCCGGUCAACCCCAGCAUCCCCUGGGUCCCCCACGUCAGCAUGUCCCAUCCCCAUCGUUAGGCGCCGCCCCGAACCUCCCUCAACAUGGAAGCCCCUUUCCUGGUAGUAAGCCACUGUUCCGCGGACAGCCACAGCAGAGUUUUACGGCCUCGCAAUCCCCUGAUCUGCGUAAGAUGGCCCCGACUUCCAGUGGUCCAUUGGCGGGGUAUCCCACCCCUACCAGUUUUGCGGCACAAUUUCCUGGUCACUUUGCCCCACAAGGGUCUCCCGAUUUAUUGUCGCGGAACCCAGAUCUGAUGAGGGGUUACAAUGCAAUGCCGCAAAUGCGACCGCAGCCCGGAAUGAGUCCUGGUAUGAGCCCACAAAACGCCUUGUCGCAUCCCCAUUCAACAAGCGUGUCAUCACCACAACAGUCGCUGAAUAGACUUCCUCACUCAGGCGUGCAUCAACGAGAUAGCUACCCAAAUGCUAGUCCAUCUAUGGCUAGUCCCUCCAUGUUCGCCAUCAAUCAACAGCAGCAGCAGCAACGCCAGCCCCAAUCCCAGCCACAAUCACCGCAGCAAGCGCAGCAGCAUUUACAGCAGAGGCAACAACAAUAUCAGCAACAGCAGCAGCAACAACAUCAAGAACGCUUACAGCAGCAACAGCAGCAGCAGCGAAUGGAGCAGCAGAAGCAACUUCAACAGCAACAGCAACAGGCACAGGCGCAGCAGCAGCAACAACAGCAACAGGCGCAACAACAGCGUAUUGAACAACAGAAGAAAUUGGAGCAGCAACAAAAGUUGGAACAGCAGCAACGCCUCGAGCAGCAGCAGCAGCAGCAGCAGCAACAGCAACAACAACAACGACUCGAGCAGCAAAGACAACACCAACAGCUGCUAGAAAAGCAAAGGCUAGAGCAGCAACAGAAGGAUAUGCUUGAACAACAAAGGCUACAGAAAUUACACCAUCAAACUCAAAUUCAAAAUCCCUACCAGCAGCAACAAUCUCCCUUUACGCAACAUGCUCAACCACCGUUCCAUCAGUACCAGCCUCAGUCACAGAGCCAGUAUACUCAACAGCAACCUGUUCAGUUCUCCCAGUCUCAACAAUCCCAAUUCUCUUCAUCACAGCAAGCUUCUCAAUUCCAGCAUUAUCAACCAACAGCGCAGGCUUCGGCGGACACAUCCACAGGGGCAUCUAUACUGCAGCCUCCAUCCACCGCCUCUUCAGAGAAUCCAGCUCUUAAGGCUGAGGACCGAAGUCCUGCUCCAAAAAAGAAAUCGAAGCCUAAGACACCUGCUGCUAAUCAAACCCAAGCAGGACAGGCUCAGUCUCAGCUACAGCAGAAUGCUCCUGGGUCUGCACACAAUGUGACUCCUGCUCAGCCCAAUGGACCGGCCCAAGUAAUCGCCGCUAACGGCGAGCAACCCCAAACGCCAACUCCACGCCGCAAGCGUGGACGGCCACGUAAGGAAGAAGCUGCCGCUAGAGCUGCUGAAGCCGCCGCCAGAGCUGCUCAAACUGGUCAGCCCAUUCCGGGAUUGCAACCUGGGCAAGCGUCUUUCAACUCUAAUAUGACACCGACUGGCCCUGGGGGAAUAUCCACGUUUACACCCAUUAUCGGACCGGAUGGAACUCCGCUUCCCUUAAAGCGCAAGCGCGGUCGUCCACGCAAGGCGGAUCAGAUUGCCUGGGCACAAGCCACUGGGCAACCGCUGCCAGUUCCCAAGCCGAGAAAACCAGCCGUUCCCAGAGCUAAUAAACCUAAACAACCUGGGACAGGUAGACCCCGUGGCAGACCCCGUAAAGCGGAUAUUGCCGCUGCCGCUGCAGCUGCCGCAGCGGCAGGAGGAAAUGGUGGAGAUUCUACUCAAAUAGAUGCCAAACCCAUCAACCCUAGUGACAACGCAGAUAUGAAUCAAGCUCAUAAGCGCGCGGUGACCACUGGAGAUGAAGAUCCCAACAAGCGAGCUUGUCCGACGCCUCCAUACCACCAACAGGGCCAAUCCUUAACGCAACAGCCGGGUCAGCAACUGCCUGGGCAGAACCACUCUCUCCCUCGACCAGGCCAACAAAUCCCCGGGGCCCCACAUCAUCUUCAGGCACAGGCACCGCACAUGACACACCAGAACAGCCAGCAUGGUCUUCAAACUCAACAAAAAGCUCAGCAGCAGCAGCAAUCACAGCAGCACCAGCAGCUUCCUCCUCGACCUGGUCAGCCUAUGUCAAUGCCUCAUAUGCACAUGCACCAACAAUCGCCUGUCCAUCCUCCACGCCCUGCUCCCUCGCACCCGUUCAUGCAAAUGCCUCCGAUGCAACAUCUUCAACCGCAAGCUGUCCAUGGACUUCCCCAGCCACAAACUCAAGCCCAAGCCCAGGCCCAGAUGCAACCCCAGGCGCAAAUGCAGGUUCAAGCUCAGGCACAAGGUGGCAGGCCACAAGGUCGCCCUGCGCCACAGCAUCAACAUCAGCAUACAUUCCAGAUCCAGCUCCAGCCGCAACCCACAUGA